CGCCUACAUCCUCGGGUCAACCGACGCACGAUGCGAAAUCCUCGGCCAUGACUGCCCUGAUCCAGUGGCCUCGUCGUGCAUAUAAAAAUCGGUCGCGCCGCAUUCCCUAUGACCGAUUCAAUCGCGUUGACGACUGGAGCCUAACCAUUAUCGCAAGGAAGGAGGGAGCAGGGGGGUGAUUGGGUGGCCACCAUGGAGAGUCACCGCCACCAUCAUCGCGCUCCCUGCGGAUUGCCUUGGAUGUCAGUCAUGGUCUGUGGCACCUGGGCAAAGGAUGUUCACGCGCUACGAACCUUGAUCCCCCUGGUAAUUUCUCAUCGGGGGCGCCACUACCUUGAGCCCGCGCCGCAUCGCAAUUCGCGCGUCCGUCGCCCCAACUCCAACGAGCAAGUGAUUGAGGACCCUGGUGUUCAACAGGUAGAAGUUGCUGAGCAGGAGCUCAUUGAAGGAGAAGAACAGGUGGUCCAAGAGGAGCCUUACAACGAGGAGUUCGAGCUUAUCUAGGUGGCGUCUCCCAGUCAGCUUGAUGGCGCCAAGGAAUAAUACUUAGUUCGUUUUAUUAUUCUUAUUCAUUUUUGUAAGACUUCCGCUAUGUAAUAAUGAUAUUUGUGACAUUUAUCUCUAUACACUUUAUCGUUAUAUGUGAUGUUCUACUUUGGC